AUGGUGAUGGGAAAUGAAGUGUCAAACAUGCUGGAAUGGAGGAUAAAUGUACCUGAUGGAGCAUUAAAGAUAUUGAAGCCUGAAUCUGAUUUAUUUUUGGAAGUUGCUGAGCCUAAAAAGGUUAUUCAUUGUCUCAAAGUAGGGAUGGAACUAUCUACUGUGUCGCUCUUCUACUAUAUGAGGCCUUUAUAUGAUGGUGUAGGGAAUGUUGUGUGGGCGAUAAUGACAGCUGUGGUGGUUUUUGAAAACACUGCGGUUGCUCGUUAUAUUUCUGGUGCAACAUUCUAUAAAUGUAUUAACAGAGGAAUAGGCACUUUUCUUGCUGGAUCACUUGGCGUUGGUGUUCAUUGGGCUGCAAAUCACUCUGGAGUUGAGCCCAUAAUUCUUGGAAUCUCAGUCUUCUUUCUUGCUUCAGCAGCAACCUUUUCGCGGUUUAUACCAUCAGUUAUAUCCCGAUUUGAAUAUGGUGCUAUGAUCUUCAUCCUGACCUUUAGUUUAGUGUCAGUUUCUGGUUAUCGCGUGGAUAAGGUGAUUGAUAUUGCACACCAAAGGUUAUCCGCAAUUGCCAUUGGGGCCUCCCUUGGCAUUCUCAUGAGCAUGCUAUUCUAUCCCAUCUGGGCUGGCGAAGAGCUUCACAAUUUGAUUCAUCGUAACCUGGAAAAGCUUGCUGAUGCUUUAGAUGGUAUAUAUGCACACAGCCAACCAUUAAAAUUGAAUUCAUCCGUUUCAACAGAAGAUUCUUGUAAGAAAAUGGAAGGCUAUAAAUUCGUUCUUAAUUCAAAGGUAGCUGAAGAUUCUACGGCUGGCUUUGCAAGAUGGGAACCUGCACAUGGUCGUUUCAACUUCCGGCAUCCAUGGAACCAGUACCUAAAGGUUGGGGCUUCAUUGCGAAGCUGCGCAUAUUGCAUUGGAACUCUCAAUGGUUGCUUAAACUCUGAAAAUUCAGGCAAACCCCGAAUAUGGAAUUCACUUCUAUCUAAGUAUCUCAGUGAUAUCUCCAUCACAUUGAGCUCCUAUGCUUUACAUGUCUUGAAAGAAUUGGCUGUUGCAGUUAAGACUACGAAAAAAUCAUCAAAAAUAGACUACUCAAUUGGAAAGAUGCGGUAUGCAGUAAAAGAACUUCAAAAGGCCUUGGAAUCUCUUCCUAACCACCUUGUUGCUGCACCAUCCUCAACAUCGGAUGGAGAUGCCACAGCAGAGCCUAUCAGAAAAACCGCUACACCAUCUGUCAUGGAGAUUCUUCGACUAGCAACAUUAGUAUCUAUGCUAACAGAAACAACAGCAAGAAUCGAAGAAGUUGCUGAUGAAGUCAAUGAACUUGCAAAGCUUGCAGAUUUAAAGCCUCCUACCAGCAAAAAGGCUAACUCAAGCCAACCCCGUAAGAAAGUUGGUGAGACGAUCAACCAAUGA